GGCAUUCCGGUCCAAAAUGCUGACUGAAGAAUGAGACAGCAUUUAACCAAUAGCAGGAUUAUAAUGUGUUAGUUACCUGGUGGAAGAGGCAAUUAUGUGGCAGAUGGCGAGUGGACAGCUGUCCAGGGCGGGGGCAUUGGCUUGCACAGGCUGCAGGCAUGCAUGUCACGUGAUGCUCUACUGUGACACGAAAACUCAGCUGUUUGGGAGACUUCCCAUCCGACAUAUCAUACUGAUGCAGAUGCGCUUUGACGGUCUGCUGGGUUUCCCUGGAGGGUACGUUAACCCGUCAGAGGAGACCCUGGAGGCGGGGCUUAGCAGGGAAUUGUUGGAGGAGCUGGGCGUUGCUCUUCCUAUAUUGGUAGAAGACCAUGUGGACUGCUGCCAUGCCCCUGCCUCCUCCCCCUACUCAUCCUCCCGUCUUAUCACUCACUUCUACGUGAAGAAGAUGGAGGAGGAGCAAAUUAGGGAGAUGGAGAGAACGGCUGCAUCCACUGCAACAGAUCAUGGACAGGAGGUUCUGGGAAUGGUCAGAGUGCCCCUCUACACCAUGAAAGGCGGGGGUGGCCUCGCACCUUUCCUAUCUCACUCGUUCAUCGGCAACGCUCGUUCGAAGCUGGUCGACUCUCUGCUGCGCCUCGACCUGGUCGCCCCUGAGGAGUUGCACACAGCCCUAGCACAUUCUCUAAAGUUACACGCACACAGCGCAGAGGACCUGCGGGCAGCCCUUGCGCUAACAGAGGCGAAGAGGAAACGGUUUUGAAACACACCUGCACCAGCACAUCCUCUUCCAGCUCGCACAUAGAUACAGUUUGGCCAUCAGCAAUGUGCAACACAAUCCAUGACUCACACACUUAAUCCUAAACACACACACACAGACAGACACACACACACACACACACACACACACAGACAGACACACAGACACACACACACACAUACUGUCAUACUGAUUCUAAGCCGAUGACUCAUAAUUGCCUCAUGCAUCAAACUGUUUUGAGAAAACAUUAUCAACUGCUCCAUCUUUAAGGCAAAUAAAAUCAUUUAACUGUC